AUGUUCGUGCCCCAGAAACUCAUUUCCCCAGUAAAUGAGUUGACAUCUUUGAUAUUUCAGAGUCCUGUAGCUCCAUUGCAAAGGGCUGCAGAAGUACCUCCUCCUGUGUUUAACCAAAUAUUGAUGAAUCAACAACACGACGAUUCUGAUGGCCCGCCUCAAAAAAAAAUUCCUACCUUGCUCACGUGGACUCUUGGAGGGAGGAACAUCCACGUAGAAGGAUCAUGGGAUAACUGGACAUCAAAGAAACCUGUCGAAAAGUCUGGAAAGGAUCACACCAUUCUGUUGAUGCUUUCAUCCGGAGUGCACCGUUACAGAUUCAUUGUAGACGGAGAAAGAAGAUUUAUACCCGAUCUUCCCUGCGAAACUGACAAUAUGGGUCAGGUUGUCAACCUUGUAGAUGUCCAUGACUUCAUUCCUGAAAGCGUGGAAAGUGUAUCUGAGCUCAUGGCUCCGCCCUCCCCGGACUCCAGCUAUGGUUUCCAUGUUCCCGGUGAGAAGGAGUUCGCAAAGGAGCCUCCUCAGCUGCCGGCCCAGCUCUACCUCGGCGUGCUGAAUUCUCGGAGCUCUGAAGAAGGCUGCGCGAGGCCGAGGCACGUCGUCCUCGACCACCUCUACAUCGAGAAGGGCUGGGGCUCGCAGCCGCUGGUCGCUCUCGGCUGCACUCACAGGUUCCGCUCCAAGUACGUGACCUGCGUCCUAUACAAAGCCAUCGAGCGAUAACCAGCUGAGCGCUAGCUGCUGCCGACAAAUAUAUAUGAUGCAGCUUCAUCCCUGAGCCAGCAACUAGCUAGCGAUGGCAACGACUCAUUCAGGUUUACAAGUCUUCGAUCUCUGCUCAAUUUGUUUAUUAUCUGAUGAUGACCUAAACAGGUCGGUACUGCAAAAUGAAUGUUUCAGCUGUCAGAGCUUAGCAUUUCUGAUCCUUCGUUUUUUUUUUGAGAAGAUAUUUAUUUAUCUAUUGGAUAAUGAUAGUUUUGACGGCGUGGUGCUGACGGCGGUGACGAUGUCACUGUUUGUUGCUGGAGAUUGUACUGCUGUGUUAGAAAUUUUUUAAGCUUAAUAAAUGAUCUGGCUCCAUAAAGUUCCGAGG